CAAGAAAUAACCAAAACAAAUGCUUAAAGUAUAUUAAAUUAAGUUGAAUUAAGGAUAAACCGAAAAUUAACACGAUUAAUUAUGACUGAGGUCAACGCUGAAUCAGGUGGUCGACUUAAGGGAGUAACCAUUGUGAAGCCAAUUGUUUAUGGCAACAUAGCACGCUCUUUUGGCAAGAAGCGGGAAGAAGAUGGACACACGCAUCAGUGGAAGGUUUACUUGAAGCCCUAUUAUAAUGAGGAUAUGUCGAUUUAUGUGAAGAAAGUGCACUUUAAGCUGCACGAGAGCUAUGCGAAUCCUAAUCGCAUUGUGGUUAAGCCUCCGUAUGAAAUCACAGAGACUGGUUGGGGUGAAUUCGAAGUUGUCAUUAAGAUUUACUUUAAUGACCAGUCUGAAAGACCGGUAACAUGUUAUCACAUUUUGAAGCUAUUUCAAUCUCCCGUUGUUGACGGUGAGCUGACAUCAUCUACAACAAUGGAUACCAAAAAGGGUCUGGUAUCCGAGUCGUAUGAGGAAAUUGUUUUUCAAGAGCCCACACAGAUUAUGCAGCAUUAUCUUAUGCUAUCGGAACAGAACGCCAGUGGAUUACUAAACCAUGAUACAGAUUUUGAGGAGAAAAAAGCCAAAACUCUGGAUAACAUUGUCAAUGUGAAGCAAAAAGUAAAGGGUGAAAUUGUGACUCUGAAAGAUAAACUGAAAAUGGCGCGUGAAACUAUUGUCAAAUUUAAGGCAGAGCUGGCUAAAGUGCAAAAGCCUCCGGCCUAGAAAUUUAUCAUUAAGUAAUGUUAGUUGUAAGUGUGAUUAAUAAAUUAAGGUGUACAAAAUA